UUGUGUCUGAGGAGGAGGAGGAGGAGGAGGAAGCAGCAUGGAGGAAGUGUAACGUGCAUGAAUACCAAAUCUAUGACACCAUAAAAAAAAGCCAAAGGAAUUCUAUAGUGCUGAAGAGAAGGAAAAGGGUUAUAUAAGACGUGACUAUAAGGAACAUGGUGGCUGGGUGCCCCUCACCACACACAGGAUGCUCCAUAAUUAAGGUCCCCCCCCAAGGCCGUCCAUAGUGCCCCGUUAUGCUGGGCUGAAGCACGCUGCCUUGACCUCCAGUCCCCUGCUCAGCCACCUCCACCAGCGGCCGCCCCUCCUCGCCGCCAUGAGCGAUGCACCCCACUUCAAGGGAGUCCAAGACCGGUACUCAGGAAUCACAGUUUCUUCAGAUGAGGAAUCAGUCAGCUCACAGGACUUUGAGGAGAUGCUGCAAGUCUCUCUUAGUCACUGGAUGGAGGAAAAGAUCCGAGGAGUGUGGUUCAAAGUGGACAUUCAGCAUGCUGAGUGGGUUCCUGUUCUGGCAAAGCAUGGAUUUACUUAUCACCACGCCAAGCCAGAGUUUGUGAUGAUGGUGAGAUGGCUGGCUGUGAAUGAGCCAAAUAAUAUUCCCAGGUAUGCCCACAACGUGGUAGGAGUCGGCGCCUUUGUAGUGAAUGAUGAGGAUGAACUACUGGUGGUGAGGGAAAGAUUUUAUACUAGACCUCACUGGAAGCUCCCUGGAGGCUACGUGGAACUCAAAGAGGACCUGGGCACGGCAGCCAUCCGAGAAGUGAAGGAGGAGACGGGAGUGGAGGCAGAGUUCGUGUCCCUCGUUGCCUUCCGUCACGUCCACGGCGCCACCUUUGACUGUUCAGACAUGUACUUCAUCGUGCACCUGCGCCCCACCACCAGCCAAAUAGUGAUGUGCAAGAAGGAGCUGGUGGCAUGCCAGUGGAUGAAGCUUGAAGAGUACCUCAGUCAUCCGUGGGUGAAUGACAUGAACAAAUUCUUUGCGCAGCGAUUCAUCGAGUCUCGCAAAAAUGAUGUGCAGCUUGAAGCUUCAUCUGAGUUUCAUCCGUUCUUACAGAGAAACAUAACAGUGUAUAGUAUCAGUCACAAGUCUAAGACAGACAAUGAAAGUGAAAAAAAUAAAACAGGCAGUGAUAACUUCUCAUCUUGUAAUGGAGAACCCAAACUCUAGUACCCAGUAUGUUACUUAUUCAGUAUAUAAAAUUGUAAUAUUUAAUAUGCAGUAUGUAUUCACACCUGUUACAUUUUGUAUAUGCAUGUUGUUCUCAAUUAUGCAUUAAGCAUGUAUUAUAUUAGUAUAUUGCAGACCCAAAGGGUAAAUAUUUGAAAUAUACAUACUACUCAUGAAUGAACAAUGUUGCCUCAUAAUUAUGUAGUCCACUUCAUGAACUUGGCAAUAAUGCUAGUUUGAAACUUGCACUUUUACCAAAUUCUUAUUUUUAAAAAAAUUACAUCUUGGAGUAUAAAUCAACUGCUGACCUCCAACAUGUAUUAUUAUUGCUAAGAUGUUGGGCUGAGGGUUGUCCUUUUGACACACCCAGCCAGGGUGACGUUUGUGCAAGCAAAGGGUGUCAUCCGCUCCAGUCAGGUCAUUCAGGUUGUUUUACUGUGUAUGCUGACGUUGAAGUUUUAUGAAUUUUAUUACUUUAUAGUAGCCUUGUUUUUACUAAUAACUAAUACAAUAUAUAUAAAUAUAAAAUUAGAAUCUAUCACAAAUAUUAAGUAUUCACUUGAUGGUGCUUAAUGUUUACCAUAUAAUGAAAAGGUACAAACUAUUUAUAUACCAUUGUAUAUAUUAUUACUCAUAGGUGAAAGCAGACUUUGCAAUACAUUUUGUUGCAAAAAUUUAAUUUACCUAUUUUCAAUAAAACUUAAAAUAUA